GUAGUCGCGUGUUAGCUCGCGAGCGCUAUUCGCUUCUCAAUUUGCACCUAGCCUAGCCCAGUUUUUCAAUUUGUACCCCCAAUAUGCUCCAGAAAGACGUAAUCCUACGUGAAAAAUGUUUUUUUAACAAUGCGCAUCUGGUGAACGCUGCCCAUAUAUUUUCCACUGGGCCCGGCGUAGAAACGUCACGCUGAACUCCGUUCUGUGAGAUGAUUUGAAUUGAAUUUUUCGAUUGCAUUAAAACAUUUGUUCUUGUUGGGAAUUCCCGGCCGAAUUCACUCCUAAUGUCCUCGCUAGGACUCAAGGGCUGUUUCACCUGCCUCCGGCAGACGGAAAGCUUCCACCGAAUCACCGACCACGAUGAUGUGAGUGGCGAAAACAUUGAAGCGAUCUUCGCGCAGCACUUUCAGUUUACCAAAGAUGAUUACCGAAACCGGAUUGUCUGUACCAGCUGCUGGGAGAAGAUUGAUGAAUUCCACAAGUUCUACUGUCAGGUGGAGAAAAUCCAUGGGACAUCACAAUUAGUCAAGAUUAAGUCGGAACCUUCCGCAGAGGAGGUUGUUUUAGGGUGUGGAUUGACGGGGAAGGAUGCCCAUGAUGACUGUGCUAAAAAGGUGGAAAACCCGGAAGAUGAGGAGGAACUACCUAAAAGCCUCAUUUUCUGCGAGCCAAUUUGCGAACUAGCAGAAAAACCAAAGUUGGUUGCAGGAAGUGGGAAUGAAUCUGAGAUUAACGGUGACGAUGACAUGGUAGACAAAGAUUCUGCCAGUUCCACUGCUUCGGAAAAUAUCCCAUUGGCGAGACGACUAGCUGCCCGGAAAAGGAAACGACCUGAUGCGGCUAAGGGUCAACAUGUGUUCAGUUGCCACAUUUGCCUCGAAAGUGGUGCGAAUGAUGGGGAGAAAUUCAGAACGUUCUUUCGAUUGGAUGUUCACUUUAAGAAAGAGCAUAACAUGAAUGGUUAUGUAUUUUGCUGCAAUCGGAGAUGGACCUCAAAAAAGGCUUUUGUUGAACACUUUGAUAAUCACGAAGCGACGAAAGUUGAUCAGAAACGAUGUUUAGAGUGCAACUGUAUGUUUAACAAUGAGAGCAGCUACGCUAAGCACAUGUAUUUCGUACAUACGCCGGAGGAUCAGAAGCAGUUCAGGUGCGUUCGAUGCUCAAAGGCUUUCGCUGCCGAAGAUCUUCUCAACAGUCACAUCAAUUGGCAUGAAGAGGUGGAGAAGAAGAAUCAUCACUGCCCGAUUUGCAAUAAAUAUUUUUUAAACGCUAACUAUUUGGAGAAACACAAUUUAAGCCAUCACAAGAUUAACAAGUAUGCGGCGGCGGUGACGACAACGUCGACCGGAGAAGAACUGGUCAGCAAGAAGGUGGAGAUGCCCCUAAAGCGAAAAAGAGGGACACCUGCAGACUUUGCCAAGCAGGAGGAACUUAUUCGUAGGUUUAUUAUAUUGAACUGUUCGAAAUGUGAUUUCAUUGGGCAAACAUUCAAAGAGCUGUCCGAACAUGCAUCAAGUGUGCAUAAAAUGUCGACUCCUUCGGUGGUAUGUUGCUAAAGACGAUUCGGUAAGCGGCAUCGGCUGUACGAGCAUUGCCUUCGACAUCUGAAUCCGGAUCACUUCAAGUGUGAGCUGUGCGGAAAAGCCUUCACUGAUAGCUACGGCUUACAGCAUCACAAGUGGUGGAUACACGCUCCUGUUUCAGAGCGACCGUUCAAGUGUGACAUCUGUGGGGAUGCUUUUGUGAAAGAUUACCUCCUCAAGCAGCACAUGGAACGACACAUGGACAAGGAACGUAAAACGCAUACCUGUGAGUUGUGCAACAAAACCUACACCACUCCGACAAAGUUGAAGGCACACAUGCAGAAACUACACGGAGCGGUCAGCAAUUGGGUUUGUGAUGUUUGCGCCAAAGGUUUCACCCACCGGGCUCUGCUGGAGGACCAUCAGAAGACUCACACCGAGGAGGGUUUGGCGAGCUUGAAGAUGCAAUGUGAGAAAUGCAACAAAUGGUUAACCAAUAGAAAAGGCUAUCUACGCCAUAAAAUACGCUGUUUCGACAGUAAACCAGCCACGUGCGAUAUUUGUGGUCUCGUGUCGGUAAACGAGGCCUCGCUGGUAGCACACAAAAAGCUACAACAUGGAUCCCGUCCGAAAUUCACCUGUACAUAUUGUGGAAAGGAGUUUAAAAAGCAGCUACGAUUAAAGGAACACGAAGCAUCCCAUGCAGGAAUCAUUUUGUAUGAAUGUCCAUUCUGUCCCCGAAUGUGCAAUUCCAGCUCCAACAUGUACACUCAUAAAAAGACGGCCCAUCCUGAGGAAUGGGCAGAAGCCAUGGCUGCUCGUGAUGGCCGAAGCUAGAGUGUUGAAUACACUCUCAGAAAUAGAAAUAAACCUAUCCCUCGAUUUACACUGAUGAUAGGUUCCCGACAAAAUCGUGUAAGAUAAAAUCUCCUGUUGGGGGUCUUCGUAGCCACUUGGUUACGCGUUCGCUACCAAGCGAUCGAUCGUGAGUUCAAACUCAGGGCCCUCAAUUGACCAUCUUUGUGUUGUUAUAGAAUAACUACGUCCACGCAACCAUCAUCAGCGAUGGAAAUCGAUCCACGGUCGAAAUAAGAUCGAUUCAUCCAUACAACUGCUCUGCUCUGCAAGAAACAUCGGGCUGCUGUUCUAUAAAUAACUCAACAAUGAUCAAUAUCAACUGUCUCCGCUGUCCGGUCUGCUGAACAAUGGAUGAACAGAAAGAAUACCCUUACGCCUAAAUGGCUACUACUGUGUAAUUUACCAUAAUGUAAUGGAACAGAAAAAAAACUUUAAAACGCCUAAAUGGCUACUACUAAUGACUGUGUAAUUUACAAUUUAUAGAAACAUAAACAUAUGUACAUGUACACGAUUAAAACCCGGCUCUGUAACAGCUAAAAUGCUAAUGAGCCUAAUAAAUAAAUAAAUCAGAUAAAAAAAACCUAUGUAAAACCGCGUAAAACAAAAUAAACUCCCUAUAUGUACACAAUUUAGUUAUUUAUUCAAGUAAAACAAUGGAAUCAAAGGCCAAACAGCUAUUUAUUUCCCGAUUGCAUUCCGUUUUAUUCUAUGUUUGAUGUAUUUCUGAUGUAUGUGUAUUCCGUUUCAACUAGUUCCUCAGGAGUAUGUUCUGAAAACUAUUGGCGAUCUAACGUACAAAUCUACACCUAGGCGGCGCUGCGUAGUGAAAACUAUAAAAAUGUUGACAAUGGUUGAAUUAAAGAAGGAAAUUCGAGAGCACAAUCAAACACAAGUAGAAAAAUGCACGAUUCCUGCAUGUGAGAACUACCUUGGAAAGCCCGGAAGUAAAAUAUACGUGAUUUGUUUUUGAGUUUUAGGUUACAUUAGCAUCAUUUUCUUAGUUCAAA